AUGCCCUACGUCGACUCGCACGGGCGGGUGCACGCGACCCCUCCACUGCUCUCGCGGAUGUUCCUCGCUCUCCGCAACCUCUGGCUCGCGCUGUGCUUGUUCGUAGCGACUCUGCUGAACCCCACCGCGACGCACGCCGACCGCCCAUCUUCAUCACUUGCGGAGCGAGACCGGCGAAGACGGGACGAAGGGGCGAGUAGAGGCGGUGGCGGUGGGUCGGGAAGGACGACUGGAGCGCGGAUAGGGGGGUUAGGAGGCGGUCCGAUGGUGAACGUCAAUACAGGCGGAGGAUGUUGCGGAGGACUAGGGGGAGUGCAGAUGUAG